AUCAGACUAGGCAUCGAGAGCAUCUGGAACACGUCCGCAGAGACCAGAGGCAACAUGCUGAGGACAACGGUCAUUCUUUGCCUGGUGGCUGUGGCCAUGGGACAGCAGAGGAGGCCCGAGUAUCGGGAGCCUGUGCCCAUUGUUCGCAUGGACAGCAACCUGGACCAGGACGGCUCCUUCCAGUGGGCCUACGAGUCAGCUGACGGUCAGGUGGCCGAGGCUCAGGGCCAGCAGAAGGCGAUCGGCGACGGCGUCGGCGUCGUCAUGCAGGGCUCCUACUCGUACACCGCCCCCAACGGACAGCUGAUCGAAGUCAGGUGGAUCGCUGACGAAAACGGCUUCCAGCCCAUCGGAGCUCAUCUCGUGCGCUAGAAGUACGGCCAGCCCCACCGAUAUUUCCUGUCGCUGACUUAACCGUCUGGCGUUUCUUUUGCCCAAGAUGGCGAUUGGCCCGCCCUAAAUGGUCGACAGGUUGUAAGAAUCGCCGCCUUCUUCAUCCGUGACGCAUCCCUGGUGCAGAAGACGCGGCGGAAGAUCAUUGUGCAUCGCUCACUAAACGUCUUCAAAUCGCCUUUCACUCUUCACAGCUCUAGUGUACUUUUUCUGCGAAUGUCAGCCUCCACUUUUAGUGUUCUUUUG